UCUUUUAAAAGCGGGUCGCGGCGACAAGUCGUUCGUUUUGUCGUAGCGGUAACAGAAAUGUAAAUCGCCACGACAAAUACACACAGCGCGAUUUCAGAUCGCCAAUAGCUUCGAAUCGCGUCCAUACCCUUUUUGGAGCGAUAGGGGUGAAAUAGACUGUACAUUAGCAAACAUGGCAAUCGCCUCUACACUGACACACGGAAUGAAAUGUCGCCGCGAGAAUACGCUACGUCAACACGGAAGUACGCAACGAGAGGACGCAACGAGAAGACGCCCACACAAAACCACGAGACAAGACGCCGACAGAACAAGACGCCGAGAGACGCCGACAAAACAAGACGCCGAGAGAAAACGCUGAGAAAAGACUCAAGACAAAAUGCCUUUUCUUUUCAAAAAUAGUUUUGAUACUGACAGGCUAAUUGAUCUGGUAGAGGAACGGCCUGCUCUUUAUAUGACGGAAAUGAGUGCAUAUCACAAUAGGCAAAACAGGAAGAAACUUUGGGAGGAGGUGGCAUUUCUGCUCAUAGAAGACUGGGAAUCUCUUGCAGAGGAUGAGAAAAACAAAAAAGGUAACUGUUUGUUAGGUAUACAUACCAUGUGCAUUCCUUCUUAUCCCCGCACUGUUGUCGUGUAACUCGCCAAAUUUUUUUUGUCCAUCUUUUUGUUUCAAAAAAGUUGGGAGGGAGGUAUGUAUUUUGGGGACUUUGUGUGAAAUUUUUGUGCCUUUGUGUAGCUAGAAUGGUAAUCUCAGGGCCUAUGUUGAUUCCCAGUCCAGACCUAGUUCAUACCAGUCAUGGUUAUUUUUCAAUUAUGUGACACAUUCUGCAUGAACUGUGUUAGUCCAUGUAAAAAUAUUUAUAUUUUUCUCAUUUUUAUUACAGUGAAAGAACUUCAAACACGUUGGAAGAAUAUUAAGGAUUGCUUCCGUAGGGAAGUUUCCUUACAGAAGAAUGAUUCACGUAGUGGCGCCUCACCCUCAAGACGAAAGAAAUAUAUCUAUGCUGACAGGCUGCUUUUCCUGGUCCCCACUUUUACCACAAGACAAACUUCUGGCAAUGUAGAAAAUGAGCAACAGGAGGAAAAUGAGGAAAAUGUUGGUGAAAGUGAAAAUAUUGGAGAAACAUCAUCUGGAACAUCAUCGGGCAGCCCUAGUGCCAGUACCAGUAACACUUUGCAUCCCCUUCGACUCUCUCAGGCUGCAAACAAACAGUCAGGGAAAAGAAAAAGGAGCAGCUCUGAAAUUGCAUCGGGAGAUGUCAAAGAGAUGAUCUCUAUGCUAUGCACUUCGCUAUCUACCCGAGGUGGUCCCAAGAACACUUACCAACAUGAGGAGACUCCAGAAUUUUCAUUUUUAACUGGAUUACUGCCCACAAUUAUGACAAUUCCGCAGGCACAAAGACAAUCUCUUCAAGUUGAGAUGACAAAACUUGUUUAUAGAUAUGUGCCACCAAGUGGUGUGCAAUCACCGAACAUUCCCAUUCCACCUCAGCAUUACCCCAUGCCACAAACGCCAGGAACAGGAAACUCUUGGUACCAAUAUCAGUAUCCAUCCCAAAACACACUCUCAGACCCAUAUCAUCAUCCUUCCCAAAACUCCCACACAGACCUUUAAUUUAUAAAUUCUAUAGAAGGGCGCUUUAAUUUAUAAUUUUAAUUUAUAUAACACUUACACUGUUUCAUUUAGAUUUAGCACAUGUUGUAUAUUGUUUUAUGUUUAUGUGUUGUUCUUUUCUAUUGUUGACAAGUAUGCACUUUGGUGGUUUUAUGUUUGCCCUUUGUUGACGGGAAUGGAGAUGGGCGGCUGCACUUUUGCACUUUUGGUCCGAAAAGUGAAUAGGAAUGUUUUUUUUUACCAUAAUUAUUAUAAUAAAACUUUUUUUAUACUGAAACGUUAUUGUUUAUGAUUAUUAAUAGGACUGACAACUAUCGUAGAAGUAAAAAUUUUUUUAUAAUAUAAAAUUAGAAGAAAAGGCA